CUGCCGGACAAUGGAGCUAAGAUUGUUGUGAAGAAGCUAUUAGCGUCUGACAAUGAAGCUAGGAAGUCGCUGGUUAAAGAAGCACGACUACUUAGCAAGUUGCAACACCCGAAUGUUGUCAGGUUUGAAGGAGUUUGUCUGGACAAGUACGCUGUGUUGCUUGAAUAUGUGUAUUUUGAUUUUACGCCAAUCCGCGGAAACGACGGCAUCACUGUGCAUAGCUUAGCCAAUUUCUUGGCAGUUUGCGAACAAUCAGAUUGCCAUGGCAUGCAUUGCUCGAUAUUUAUUCAUUCUUCCUUGGACGUCGCGUUGGGUUUGAAGUAUCUGCACGAGAAAGGGAUUGCCCACCGUGACCUGAAACCUGAAAAUAUAUUGGUGUCUAACCACCAUUACAAUCGUCUCACAGACACACGAGCAGUCGAAUGCAUGGCUUCCAUUAAGCCACUCAUAUGUAAGCUGACGGACUUUGGUGAAAGUCGAUCAAAAGACAUCCACACCGAGCAAAUCCUAAAAUCGAAGACCGCACGGGUAAACCGAG